GUCAGUAUAUUCUCAACAUGCGAGCGCUAAACAUCUGUCUGCUGCUGAUGCUAAUCGUGGCCAUAGGCUGUGCUACGGCCGCGCCAGCUGCUCUGCGAGAACGUCGCCAAAUCGAUCUGACGCUGUCCGCCGAGCACGACGACAAGGAUGACGAAACGGAGCUGGCACUGGAGGCGAUUGCGGGCUUGUGGAGCAGUCCGGAUAGCCGUACCAAGCUGGAUGGUUCCGCCCGUGUGGUGCAUCGUGUCAAUGGAAUGCAAACGGGUUCGGAGCAGGACUGGCGGCUGGGCGUGCGUGUUGUUUUCAGUUAAGAUCAGACGGGAACGGGAACAGCAUUAUUACAAGAU